CGCCUCCCUCGGGGCCGGCGAUGCCGGGCUCCACCCCGGCGACGGGGUUUCUUCUGCCUGACUCGCCCGGUGAGCCGGCUGGUCCCGCCAUGGCGCUGCUGCUGGAAUACGAGUUCCGGACGCUGCCGGCCGACAAGCAGAUCGACACGGAGCCCUUCCUGGAGGUCGUGACGCACCUGCCGCCCUUCUUUGACUGCCUGGGCGCCCCGAUUGUCUAUGCCCCAGUGAAGGCGGACCUCUCUGGGAACAUUAAGAAAAUACGUGCGGUUUAUGAAUCGAACCCGGCCAAGUUCAAAACCCUUCAGAACAUCUUGGAAGCAGAGAAGGAAAUGCACGGGUCGGCAUGGCCCAAAGUGGGGGCCACCUUGGCCCUCAUGUGGCUGAAGAGAGGGCUCCGGUUCAUCCAGGUCCUGCUGCAGAGCCUUUGCGAUGGUGAGCAGGAUAAGGAGAACCCGAACCUGAUCCGCAUGAACGCCAUCAAGGCCUACGAGCUGGCUCUGCGGAAGUACCACGGCUGGGUGCUGCAGAAGCUCUUUCUGGGCUCCGUCUACGCUCUCCCCUACAAGUCAGAUUUGUUGAAGGCUCUGGAGAAAGGCCAGGAGGUCAAGGAGGAAGAGACCAUGGAGAAGAUCCACCAGUUCUUAAUGAAAGCAACGCCCAUCCUUGACACAAUCUACGAGAUGUACACAAAAAUGGAUGCUGAGCUGAGUUGCAAAGCUUGACCAGGCCCUCACCAGCCUGGGCCCUGUUCCUUUGCCUUCCCCCUCCUUCCCCCUGCCCCCCUACCCCCGCUGCUCUGCAGCCCAGCAGGUGCCUUCCGGCCUCUGGAGGCCACCUAGACAGAAGAUCUGCAGCGGCUGCCGCAGACAUGUUUCUCCUCCCUGUCCUGAGCUGGGGCUUAGAUGUUCUUCUGUGGCCUUGCUCUAGUGGACUUACUCCUUUUGGGGAAAUGAGGGGGGGCAGUACCCCCCCCCUUUGCUCACUGGGGCUGCCUGCCAGUGAGAACCUGUUUUCCUCUGAGCUUCAGACAGCCGGUUGCCUCGGUAGAGCCGAAUGCACCUGAGAGAUACUGGUCGUGCACUGGGACGGGCUCCUGUGGAAUGUCCCACAAGCUGUGCCAGGAGUGUAUGUGAAGGAGGAAAGCCUCUUUUGAGUGAGCUCCACUCCUGGGGAUGCAGCUUUCUGGCAGUGGGGCAGAAGUGGAUGUCCUUUGCCGCCUUCUGGGGUGGUUGUUCAACUCUUCAGUCUCACCCUGGCAUCCUAGCCCAGUGUUUCUCAACUGUGGCAACUUUAAAGAUAUGUGGACUUCAAGUCCCAGAAUUCCCCAGCCAGCCAUGCUUGCUGGGGAAUUCUGGGACUUGAAGUCCACAUAUCUUAAAGAUGCCAAGGUUGAGAAAUGCUGUCCCUGCCUGACCCCACAAAGAUUUCUUGAGAUCUUGAAAACCAGCCAGCUAACACCAGCCAGCCUUCAGUGACUGUUCUGAGUGACUCUUGGGGUGAACGUCAAGAGUCUUCUUUGCACAACGGAUGUCUUCAGGGAACUGGCUCCAGCUUAAAACUUGCUGUCAUUUUCUGGGGCCCAAGAACCAUGCGAGGGCUUAUCGGUGUUACUACUGCUUGAUGCCUUCUGUAUACAGGUUUAGGGAAACCAACCCGUUCAAAUAAAAUGUAAUGAAGGAGA